UUAGUCUUUGUGGGAUCUGUGACUUCGGGCGCGUAGGCUUAUCGCGGGCACCGCGCCCUAGCCCGGUUGGGAGUGCUCCUCCACCUGUCCACCUGCGAGGGACUAUGGGGGCCUAGAGCUAGAGGACAGAGUUGCAGAGCCUGUCCGUGUCCCUGUGAGGCUCUCUCCCGAAUCCCUGCUGUUUUAGGGCCAUGGAGGCGCACUGGCCCCCGAGGUCGCAGGCGUGGCUACGGACGUACCUCCUGGUGGUGUAGUCGUCACUGUGGGUGUGGGUCUGCGAGGGAACUGGGUUCUAGAGCCUGGUCCCGAGAAAGGCGGCGGAGCGGCACCAGUGCGCCCAGGCCCGACUCCUGAGGGAUCUGAGAGCGCGCCUGAAAGCGGGGGAACGGCCCCUCCUCGGGCGGCAGAGCUCCGCGCCGGGGCGGCAGUCCGGGUUUGAUAUCCCUGCUCAGGGCCGUGCGGGUCGGCUGGGCGUCACCGCGCGGAGUGGGAAUGCCCGGUGUCACCCAGCGUGCUCCCUGCUCACUGAAUCGUAGGGAGGACUGCAGGGCUGCGGCCGCAGAACAGAGAUUUGGACCUAGUGAAAGUACGUCGCCCCUUAGACCCAGCUAUGGACUCCACAGCAUCAGGUUUGGCUCUCAAGGGUGCAGAGGGCCAGAAGCCCUUCUGGGGAGUUAGUAGUGGGCCGAGGAGGAGGACGACUCUAGAAAUAAGCCGGGGACUCCAUUUGAGAAUUCUCCCUUCUCAGGACCCUCCUCUUCCUCCAGAGAGAUACCCAGGAGAAAAGGGAACAACCAGUUUAUUCCUGAAAGCCAGGCCCCAGGAUCUGAUGACAUUCGAGGAUGUAGCUGUGGAAUUCACCCAGUGGGAAUGGGGACAGCUGGACCCUGCUCAAAAGGACCUAUACAGGGUAGUGAUGCUGGAGAACUUCAAGAACCUGGCCUCUCUGGGGUUUCCAGUGGCUAAACCAUAUGUCAUCUCCCAGUUGGAAAAAGGGAAAGAACCCUGUGUAUUAGAGGGAGAAAUCUCGACAGGUGAGUUCUCAGACUGGGAGAAAAGGCCUAAAGCCAAGGAAUCAGUACUGAAUCAGGGAAUUUCCAAAGAAGAAUUACUCCAGAUAGCAUCAGUGGAAAAAUACAUCAGAGAUGAAUUCUGCUUCUGCAAACUGAAAGCAACCUGUGGUUGUGAUGACCAAUUAGAGAUACAACCAAAAAUCCAGGCGAGACAUCUGAAAGGAAUGCCAGUCUCUCAGAAAUCUACCACCCUUAAGAUAGAUCAUGAACGGAGUGAAUUUGGGAGAAGUUUAGACCUAAGAUCAGUCCUUGUUAACCAACGCAGUGUUCCUAUAGGAGAAGGAGCCUAUAAAUGUGACACAGAAUUCAGACAGACUUCAGGGAGAAAUAACUCCCAGAGAAGCCAUCCAGGAAAGAAACCUUGUAAAUGUAAUGAAUGUGGGAAGUCUUUCCAUUUCCAGUCAGAACUGAGGCGCCAUCAGAGAUGUCACACCGGAGAAAAGCCCUAUGAAUGCAGUGAAUGUGGAAGAGCCUUUGGUCAUAUUUCAUCCCUUAUUAAACAUCAGAGAACUCAUACUGGAGAAAAGCCCUAUGAAUGCAGUGAAUGUGGGAGAGCCUUCAGCCAGAGUUCAUCUCUUGUUUUACAUUACAGAUUUCAUACUGGGGAGAAACCCUACAAAUGUAAUGAAUGUGGAAGAGCCUUUGGUCAUACUUCAUCUCUUAUUAAACAUCAGAGAACUCACACUGGAGAAAAGCCCUAUGAAUGCAGGGAAUGUGGGAGAACCUUCAGCCAGAGUUCAUCUCUCAUUGUACAUUACAGAUUUCAUACUGGAGAGAAACCUUACAAAUGUAAUAAAUGUGGGCGAGCCUUCAGCCAGAGUUCAUCUCUCACUCAACAUUACAGAUUUCAUACUGGAGAGAAACCUUACAAAUGUAAUGAAUGUGGGAGAGCCUUUGCUCAUACUGCAUCCCUUAUUAAACAUCAGAAAAGUCAUACUGGAAAAAAAGCCAUAUGAAUUCAGUCAAUGUAGGAAGGCUUUCAGCUGGAGCACACAGUUUUCACAUGACACACCCUGGAGAGAGAUCCUGUAUGUGUAAUGUAUGUGGGAAGACUUGGUUGGAAGACCUGUCUUAUUCAACAUCAGACAGUACAUGCUAAAGAAAGGCUCUUUAGAUGUCAAGAGAAAAGGUGGGCUUUCUGUCACACCUCACCCUUUAUCAAACACCAGAGGAUCCAUAUUAGUGAGAAACCAAGUAAAUGUGAUUGAUUUGGAGAGGCUUUUGUCAGAGGACACAUAUUAUUCAACAGCAGACAGUUUCUACUGUCAAGAAGCCUUAUCAGUGCACUGAGUGUGGCACAGCCUUCAGUCACAUACUAUUCAGAAAGUAAGUAAGUAAGUAAAUAAAUAAAUAUCAGAUAACUCAAGUGUGGUAAAAGCAAUCUGUGAUACUUCUCUUACUAAGCAGCAAGAACACAUAGAAAAGUCUUUGAAAGCAAUAAAGGUGGGAGGGCCUUUUAGAGCUCAUCUCUCAAUAAACAUCAAAGAAUUUAUUUUUGAGAAAAACACUAUGGAAAUAGUGAAUGUGGGAGAAUCUUCAGCCAAACCUCUUUCAUUUACAAAUAUCAGUGAACUCACCCUGCUAGUUAGAAACCUGGGAAUAGAAUGCACGCGGAAAAGCCUUUGGCCAAUGUUCCACCCAUUUUGCACAUCAGAGAAUGUGUACUGGAAUGACUUUGAAUUUGGUGAAACUGGGAAAACCCACUAGUAUAGUUCAGGUCUCAGCAUACAUUAAGGCUUUACUCCAAUGAGAAACCCUGGGAACUUAAUGAAUGUGGGAAAAGUUCCUUUCAGGCUUGAGAUUCAUAAAGCAAGAGCUGAAAGGAAUCUGAGUGAUUCAACAAGUCCUGUGAUUUUCUACCUGGUGGGGCUCUCUGUAACGGCACUGUGAUUCACCUCCCUAUCCUGUUACUGAUGGGAGCAGAGGUGCUACUGUGUGGGUGAAGAGAAUGGAAGCUGCGCUAGGUCGAGAACCACCACUGAUUCAGCCAGACCCUAUCUUAGGGCUAAGAAAACUGAUUUGAAAGUGCCAUGGCGCUGGGCUGGGUCUCUCUUCCUUCUGGUUCACAGCUGUGGUUUUGAGAUUGAGAGACUGAAGGUCUUCCCCGUACAAAACCCCCCAUGCCACUACAUGUUACCUCUAAGAGGCUGGAGUGUUAUUUUUAAAGUGUGAGCAAAAAGCAAUUUUCAUUAGAUCUUUAUGCUCUGAGAUUUGGGAUUUUUGAAAUAAAAUCUUUUUAAACA